GGUGACCUUGGAGCAAUUGAUGAAAAGUAUGAUGUAGCUAUAUCUACUGCUUGUGGUCAGUUGGAUAAUAUUGUGACUGACACUUUAACUACUGCUCAAGAGUGUGUACAGUUCUUGAAAAAAAAUAAAUUGGGAUACACAACUUUUAUUCCUUUGGAUAAAAUGAAAAUCUGGGAAUCCUACUCUCAAAAGAAAAUAUCAACCCCUGAAAAUGUACCUCGAUUGUUUGACUUGAUUCAUGUGAAAGAUAAAGCUCUGUUACCUGCUUUCUACUUUGCUCUUCGAGACACCCUAGUUGCAGAGGACCUUGAACAAGCUACUCGCAUUGGCCUACAGGGAAAAACCAGGUAUCGCGUCGUGACUUUAAAAGGGCAGCUCAUUGAUUUAGCAGGGACAAUGACUGGUGGUGGAAAUAGGGUUGUAAAAGGACGAAUGGGGCAGACAGUUGUAGAAAAUUCUUUUUCAUCUGAAGAUGUUGAGAAAAUGAAUGUUGCCCUGAAUAAUUUGUAUACAAAGUUAUCUGAUUUGAAGCAGCUUCAUAGAAAUUUGGAAGAUCAAAUAUCACAAAAAAGCAAACAACUUUCGUCUCUUCAACAUUCUAUUAAGAAAAAGAAGUUACAUUGUACUGCUCAUAACGAAAACAUUGAGAUGAUGAAAACUCAAAUAGCAGAGCUGAAGCAGAAAGUACAAGAAUCUGCAGUUGACAAGCAAAAAGUGAAGAUGCUUGAAGAGAAAAUAGAAGAAAAGAGAAAAAAAUAUGAUAUUGCUUCAGAAGAAGCAUCAGUUGUUGAAGAAAAGGUUUCUAAAUUACAAGCUGAAAUAUUAAAAAACAGUAAAGGGAAAUGUAACAAGGUUCAGAAAACUGUGGACCUCCUCUCAAAAAAAAUUUCUGAUGUUUCUCAAGCUAUUACAAAGUCUUCUGUUAAUAUGAAGACAUCAAAAAGAAAUAUAAAAAAAGUUGAAGAAAAAAUUUCGAACAUCGAAAAGGAAAUCGUUGUAAAAAAAGAGCAAGUAAAAGCCAUAGUAAAUGAACGGAAAAUGAUGACAUCUGUAGGAGUUGAAAUAGUUGCAAAGCAAACUGAAGCAACGGGAGGAAUUCUAGAAUGUAAAGAGAAGAGAGCAAAUUUGAAAACAAAGGCAGAACAAUUAACUGAAGAAGAGCAUCAAUUGAAAUCAACUGAAAUUGAGUAUAAAAAUAAAUUAAAAAAUUAUGAAGUCGCUGAAAGUGAAAAGCAAGCUAUAAUAAAGAAUAUCUCUGCAAAAUUACAAAAGCUGAAACUGAAUGAGAUUGAAGAAGAGCAAGCUGAAUUUCCUGAGCUUACACGGAAAGAUGCUGCCAAACUAUCUGUUAAAACUUUAACAUCUGAUAUAGAAUUAGUGAAACUUCAAAUGGAAAGUAUGACGCCUAAUUUAUCAGCCAUAAAUGAAUAUAAAGUUAAGGAAAAAGUUUUUAAUGAGAAACAGAAAGAAGUGGAUGAAAUAACGCAAGAAAAAAAUCUUCAAAAAAUGCGAUCUGAUGAACUGAGUAAAAGACGUUUAGCUGAAUUUAUGUCAGGAUUUACUGCUAUUGCAAAAAAGUUAAAAGAGAUUUACCAGAUGUUAACGUUUGGAGGAGGUGCAGAAUUGGAACUUAUAGAUCCUUUUGAACCUUUUGAAAAUGGCAUAUUAUUUAGUGUGAAGCCUCGAGGCAAAUCUUGGAAAAUCAUGAAGAAUUUGUCAGGCGGUGAGAAAACUUUGAGCUCUUUGUCUUUGGUUUUUGCCCUACAUUAUUAUAAGCCUACACCAUUUUAUGUUAUGGAUGAAAUUGAUGCUGCAUUGGAUAAGCGAAAUGUUAGAAUUGUCAGUUAUUUUCUCAAGGAAAGAACCAGAAAUACGCAGUUUAUUAUCGUUUCCCUCCGAGAUACCAUGAAUGAGGUUGCUGAUCAUCUUGUGGGCAUAUAUAAAAUUAAUAACUGUACAAAAAAUGUUUGCAUUUCAAAUGUGGAAAAAUGGAAAGAUGAAAAAGAGGAAAAAGAGGAAAAUUGAAUAUUAAAUUUAAAUUUUAUAUA